CCCCGCAGGAGCCGCCGCCGCUGCCCGAGGGGGCCUCGUUCGAGCGGGCGCUGCCGCGCUUCCCGGCCUGGCUGCGGGGCGGCGAGGAGGAGGAAGAGGAGGAGGAGGAGGCCGCCAGCCCGCGCGGCGCGGCGCACGGCGCGGAGAGCGAGGGUGCGGCCGCAGAGCCCGGCGGCGGCGGCCCCGCGGGCGAAGCGGCGGCUGGGGAGCCAGGCCACCCCAGCGAGGAGGCCGCCGGCGCCGAGGGCGACGGCGGCGGCCCAGGCGACGACGCGGACGACGCCGCCUUGGACCCAAGUGGGGGCGAGGACGGCCACGGCGGCGAUCCAGACGGGAGCGGCGAUGACAAGAGACCCGACAAGGCUCCCACGACCGAGGGCGGGGCGCCCGCCGCCGCCGUGGACGAGGGCGUACCCUACACGCCCGCCGCCGACGCGGCGCCCGCCGCGCCGGCGGCGCCCGAGGC